GAGGUUGAGUUGGCUGACCUUCACUCUGAUGGCACGGCUAAGCAGAAAGCCAUCAACGGCUACGCAGCCAUUCUCACAGACGGCCGAUUUCCUGCGCUGCAGCGGCUGGAGCUAGACACGCGCUCGUUCAACGACCACUUCUGCAUUGAGUACGCCGAGGCCCUCACCAGCACCUACGGCGAGAAGCAACACAUCACAGCCGAUGACAUGACCCUGGGAGACAAGGCACUGGCCCCCAAGUAG